UACUUACAGUUGGCCCUUUCUUGUUUCUUUAAGCUUGGAAGUUGAAGAUUUCCCUGUAUCUUUGGGAGUGAGGGUGUUGUCACUUGGGGUAGUAGAGCUUCUUGUGGUGUUGCAAUGAGGCUAUUUAGGUUUUUGAUGCUUGUGCUUUACUUUGGUUCUGCCAUGGGGCAGCUUCCUUCCCAGGACAUUUUGGCUUUGCUUGAGUUUAGGAAGGGCAUCAAGCAUGAUCCAAAUGGUUAUGUAUUGCAGUCAUGGAAUGAGGAAUCCAUUGAUUUCAAUGGGUGCCCUUCUUCUUGGAAUGGUAUAAUGUGUAAUGGUGGUAAUGUUGCUGCAGUUGUUCUUGACAACUUGGGUUUAUCUGCUGAUGCAGAUUUGAGUGUUUUUGCUAACCUCACAAUGCUAGUGAAACUCUCUAUGGCUAACAAUUCAAUUGCUGGUCAAAUUCCAAAGAAAAUUGGUGAUUUCAAGAGUCUUGCAUAUCUAGACAUUUCAAACAAUCUCUUCAACUCCUCUUUACCACCAGAGAUUGGAAAAAUAGGAACUUUAAAGAAUCUGUCGAUAGCUGGUAACAACUUCUCUGGCCCAAUCCCUGAUAGUAUUUCAGAGCUCGCGUCAAUUCAAUCGUUGGAUUUAAGCCAUAAUUCUCUUUCUGGGCGACUUCCUUCAUCUUUGACCAAGUUAAAUAAUCUAGUGCACCUCAAUCUUUCUGUUAAUGGAUUUACAAAGAAAAUCCCGAAAGGUUUUGAGCUAAUGGCUAACCUUGCAGUUCUUGACUUACAUGGAAAUAUGCUUGACGGUACUUUGGAUUCAGAGUUCUUGUUUCUUACUACUGCAACUUAUGUUGACUUGAGUGGAAAUUUACUAGUGAGUUCCACUUCUCAACAUCAGAAGUUUCUAUCAGGCAUAUCCACGUCGGUCAAGUACUUGAGUCUUAGUGAUAAUCAGCUAACGGGGUCCCUAGUAAGUGGCGUUGAAGCUCAGGCAUUCGGGAACUUGAAGGUUCUGGAUUUGAGCUACAAUCAGCUCUCCGGGGAGUUACCAGGAUUUGAUUUUGUUUAUGAUCUUCAGGUUCUCAAACUCAGCAACAACAGAUUUUCUGGUUUUGCCCCGAAUAAUCUUUUGAAAGGAGAUGCUUCAGUUCUCACAGAAUUGGAUUUAAGUGGUAACAACCUCACAGGGUCGAUAAGCAUGAUUACAUCAACAACUCUGCGUGUUCUUAACUUAUCCUCCAAUGCUCUUUCCGGUGAACUUCCAAUGGUGACAGGAAGUAUUGCAGUUCUUGAUCUCUCAAAGAACCAGUUAGAGGGAAAUCUAACUAGAAUGCAGAAAUGGGGGAAUGUUGAAUUUCUUGACCUCAGCCAGAACCAAUUGACUGGAAACAUUCCUGAGGUUACAGCUCAGUUUCUGCGAUUAAAUCGUCUAAACCUUUCUCACAAUGCUCUUACUGGAUCUCUCCCAAAAGUUAUCACACAGUUUCCUAAGAUCACAGUCCUUGAUCUUAGUUUCAACCAGCUGGAUGGGCCUGUUCUCACUUCUCUGCUAACAUUACCCACUAUUGAAGAACUUCACCUACAAAACAAUGCACUUGUUGGAAAUAUUGAUUUUCCUGCCCCCUCGGCUACAUACAACCUCCGCAUUCUUGAUCUUUCUCAUAAUCAGCUUGAUGGUUCUUUUCCUGAUGAGUUUGGUUCAUUGACCACGCUUCAAGUUCUUGAUAUAGCUGGAAAUAAUUUCUCUGGAUCUCUGCCUACGUCGAUUGGUCAAAUUAGUUCGCUUACUUGUCUAGACAUUUCACAGAAUCAUUUUACUGGUCCACUGCCAAAGAACCUGUCUGAUGGCCUCCAAAGCUUCAAUGCAUCACUCAAUGACUUAUCUGGUGUUGUCCCUGAAAAUUUGAGAAAGUUUCCUUUGUCAUCUUUCUACCCUGGAAACUCUGGACUUCAAUUUCCAAAUCCCCCCUCAGGAUCUGGCCAAGCUUCACCACAAAAUCAGAAAAGCAGGUCACUUAAAACCAUCAUCAAGGUGGUAAUAAUAGUUUCUUGUGUAAUUGCUCUUAUUAUUUUGGUUUUGCUGGCCAUUUUCAUUUAUUAUAGACGAGCGUCAUCAAGGAGGCCUCAUCCUCAUGUUACUGAAAAAGAUGUUCAUCGCCAAGCCCCAUCAAAUCCUUCUGGCUUUAGCAGUAGGGAGGGGACCGGUGGUGUAGUCGUUUCAGCUGAAGACCUUAGGACUUCACGGAAAGGAUCAUCAGAAAUAAUUAGUCCAGAUGAGAAAAUGGCUGCUAUAACUGGUUUCUCCCCUUCAAAAGGUAGCCAUUUCUCUUGGUCACCAGAGUCUGGAGAAUCGUAUGCUGCAGAAAAUUUUGCAAGAUUGGAUGUGAGGUCUCCAGAUCGUCUGGCUGGAGAGCUGUAUUUCCUUGAUGAUACAAUCUCGUUUACACCUGAGGAGCUUUCCAGGGCUCCGGCUGAAGUCCUAGGUAGAAGCAGCCAUGGUACAUCUUACAGGGCAACACUAGAAAAUGGGUUGCUCUUGACUGUGAAAUGGUUGAGAGAAGGAGUGGCGAAGCAGAGAAAGGAUUUUGCGAAGGAGGCUAAAAAGUUUGCCAAUAUUAGGCAUCCUAAUGUAGUAGGAUUAAGAGGUUACUACUGGGGUCCUACACAGCAUGAGAAGCUCAUUCUUUCGGAUUAUAUAUCUCCUGGAAGUCUUGCAAGUUUCCUCUAUGAUCGACCUGGUAAAAAAGGUCCACUAACCUGGCCUCAAAGACUCAAAAUAUCAGUUGAUGUUGCACGUGGCUUGAACUACCUCCAUUUUGAUCGUGAGGUUCCACAUGGAAACCUUAAAGCAACCAACAUCUUGUUGGAAUGCAAGUGAGGAGAGGGGUGGAUAAUGGACCGAAUUUAAACAACAUGAACUCUAAAUUACAUGCAAAUACAUCAAAAGAUGCAACAAAUUUUAUUGUUG